CACACGCACACGCACACGCACACACACGCACACACACACACACACUAGGGCGCGUAGACCUCCUGUUGCUCUGGAUGUAGGGGGGUCGAGCUUGAGCGAGGUGGCAUGAGGCUCCUGGUGGCAGCUGACGCCGAGCGGGAGGGAAAAGACUAGUCACACAGGAUGGCAUACACACAGUUGGAACCCAUCAACGAGGGUGUGCUGUCCAGGUUGACUGACCUGCUCCUGUGCCGCGUCUCGUGCCAGGCGUGUUGGCAGUGGUGCUGGGAAUGCAGCUGCUGUAGGCCCACUGAUGAAGAAGUGGAGAUACUCGGACCCUUCCCAGCACAGACACCCUCCUGGCUUCUCAACGAUUGCCAUGACGAUAAGGAUGGGGACGGAAACAGCUUCCUCCAGCAGUCCAUGGGCGGCUCCAUCCAUAGCAACGGCCACAGCAGCCCCACCCGGAGACGCUCCAGUGUCGAACUCACCAGAUCCACCCUCAGCCUGGCCCGACAGCUGUCCAGUCUUGAUGCUCGCAGGCCUAGCUCUCCUCUCGUGGACGUAAGGCCCAUUGAAUUCUGGGCCAUGGGCCCCAGGAAGGAAGUGGUGCAGCCACUCCGCAAGCCGCCGCCCCCUCCGGGCGACUACUUCCGCCAGCUGGAGCCGGGCCUCUACAACUCGGACUCGUGUGGCGACGAUGUGGACUCGCUGACGGACGACGAGAUCCUCCUGCGCUACCAGCUGGGCAUGCUGCACUUCAGCACGCAGUACGACCUGGUCAACGGGCACCUGAGCGUGCGCGUCAUCGAGGCGCGGGACCUGCCGCUGCCGGUGACGUGCGACGGCGCCCGGCAGGACAUGGCCCACUCCAACCCCUACGUGAAGAUGAGCCUGCUGCCCGACCACAAGAACUCGCGGCAGACGGGCGUCAAGCGCAAGACGCAGAACCCGGUGUUCGAGGAGCGCUUCACCUUCGAGCUGCCCUUCCUCGAGGCCCAGCGGCGCACGCUGCUGCUCUCCGUCGUCGACUUCGACAAGUUCUCGCGCCACUGCGUCAUCGGGAAGGUGGCGCUGCCCCUCGGGGAGGUGGACCUGGUCAAGGGAGGGCACUGGUGGAAGGCGCUCGUGCCCAGCUCACAGAAUGAGGUGGAGUUGGGGGAGUUGCUGCUGUCUCUAAACUACCUGCCCAGUGCUGGACGCCUCAACGUGGACAUCAUCCGUGCCAAGCAGCUGCUGCAGACUGACAUGUGCCAAGGCUCAGAUCCCUUCGUAAAGGUGCAGCUGGUGACGGGCCUGAAGCUGGUGAAGACCAAGAAGACGUCGUGCAUGAGGGGCACCAUCGACCCCUUCUACAACGAGUCCUUCAGCUUCCGCGUCCCCCAGGACGAGGUCCACGAGGUCAGCCUCGUCUUCACAGUCUACGGACACAACAUGAAGAGCAGCAACGACUUUGUGGGCCGCGUUGUGAUUGGUCAGUUCUCCACGGGGCCUCCGGAGACCACCCACUGGCGCCGGCUCAUGGAGUCCCAGCGGACGCCCGUGGAACAGUGGCACAGCCUCCGCUCGCGCGCCGAGUGCGACCGCGUCUCCCCCGCCUCUCUGGAGGUCACAUGAUGCCCGUCGCCAGAGAGAGAGAGAGAAUGGUGAAGGUGCAACACACGUCGCGUCACGUCACA